CAAUAGGAAAAAUUAUCAUCCCUGACAUCACUUGUUGCUAUCCUAGGAUUUUUUUUUUCCUCUUCCUGUGUUAAUAUACCUCUUCCGGGUCAUCAUUGUGCUUCCGACUCCACACUGAGAAAAUGAGCGACGAUGAGAUGGCAUGUAUGCUGGCAGCAGCCACCGCCACCUCGUAUAUGCUAUACCAGGGACAGAGGAGAAGGAAGAGGGCACGGAGAUACUGGAUCCACCCUGUUAUUGCCGGUCGGGAAGAGACAGGCCAAUUUUGGGUCCUUUAUAAUGAUCUCCGAGAGCACGAGGAGAAAUUUCUGGACUACACCAGGAUGUCAAUUAAAAGCUUCGAUGAGUUGCUUGAACUGCUCAGCGGUAGAUUACAGAGGAUGGACACCUUUUUCCGCAAUUCCAUACCCCCUGUGGAGCGACUUAUCAUCACACUGAGGUAUUUAUCGACUGGACAGUCUCUAGGAAGUCUACAUUAUGCCUUCCGUAUAGGCAAGUCUACAGCGAGUUACAUCAUACGUGACACCUGCUCUGCUAUAUGGGAGGUUCUCCAGGAAGUAGUGUUCAAGAAACCUACUGCACAGGAAUGGGCACAGAUUGCGGAGGUAUUCUGGCAACGCUGCAACUUUCCCAAUUGUGUCGGAGCAAUAGAUGGGAAGCACAUUAGGAUUGUGAAGCCCAUGACAAGUGGAAGCGAAUUCUUCAACUACAAGAAAUACUUCUCAUUUGUAUUGAUGGCUGUGGCUGAUGCAAACUAUUGUUUUACAUACAUAGACAUUGGGUCAUAUGGCAGCAGCGCGGACUCAACUAUCUUUGGGAACUCUUCCUUUGGUCAAAUGCUGCGAACAGAUGGUCUUGACCUACCAGAAUGCAGUCCACUCCCAGGCACAAAUGGCCCUCCCCUACCCAGUGUAUUUGUGGGUGAUGAGGCCUUUUCUUUGGGGACAAAUCUCCUACGGCCUUAUUCGGGUCAUAGUUUAACACAGGAGAGGAGCGUAUUCAACUACCGCCUAACCAGAGCACGGCGAGUAGUUGAAUGCGCUUUUGGUAUACUUACCAAUAAGUGGCGGCUCCUGCACACUCCCAUAGUGUUAAACAUGCAGAAUGCCGUCACUGCUGUCAAAGCUGCGUGUGCCUUGCACAACUUUGUGAGGCAGCGCGAUGGCUUUGAUUUUGAAGAGCCGGUUGCUGAGACUCUGGAAAGAGCUCAGUGGACUGGUGUCCGUGGGAACAGGCAGGGUUCAUAUGUCCGCGAUCAGUAUGCGGCAUAUUUCAUGUCUCCUGCAGGACAGCCUGAACUCCUUAAUCCCCUCAGAGGAGUUCUCCCUAAAGUACGCGUCCGUAGACAUGGCAAUCCAAGCCAUAAUCAAAACCGGCACAGGCGCCUGGCUCUCCAAAUCCGACAUCUUAGACUCCUGCCUAUCCACCCAUCUCUCUGGUGCUGGCACGGCAUCAAGUGGAGAAACUCAUACUAUUUUGCUACCAAGCUGACCUUUGGCUCAAAGAGUAGCCCCUGGCUUUUCGACGACUUCACACAGACUCUCACCUGGAUACUCUUGCACCAAGCCCAGUGUCAAGAAGUCAUCCACUACUUGGAUGACUUCUUGUUGACCGAGCAACCCGGCACGCCCCCAGGAGACCUCGAUAAGUUAAGACUCGUUUUCGGGAAUCUCAACGUUCCCAUUGCAGAACAUGAAGUAGACGAUCCAGCACACUCCAUCACUUUCCUUGGAAUCAACCUGAACACCACCUCCAUGCAAGCCAGCUUACCCCUCCGACAAACUGACGCGCAUCAGGUCAGUCCUCCAAAAUUUCACCCAGACACAGGGUUGCACCAGGAAACAGUUGCAGUCCCUCCUGGGAAUGCUCAAUUUCACUAUAAGGAUCGUCCCUCAAGGCCGGUCCUUCGCGUCACCCCUCCUGGUUUUCCUUUCCCAGUCACAGGACCCCGAUCAGAUCCUCAAACUAGAUACCGCAGCUUUAGCGGACCUCUUGAUGUGGAAAGAGUUUCUCACUAA